AUAGCUUUAUUUAUGACGAAUCUCUACUGUGACGUAAUAUUGUUAAUGAGCUCAUUUGAAAUUGUCAGAAAAAAUAAUAAUCGCAUAUUGCAUGACCUUAUUAUCUUUACGAUUUUUUAUUCAAAGCUAGGAACUACAGAAAAGGCAGUAGUGAAAGCGAGAGUCAAAGUAUAGUACUAUAGUACUUUAUUUUAUUUUGUACAGAGCUGUAGGUGCGCACUGCUUGGUGUAAGUGUAAAGCAUUUACAACCGUGUGGUUCGGUCCAACUCUACUGUGUACCUAGGUACAUACACUAUAUUCAAAGCAAUCCACAGUGUGGUCUUUCCGACACGAUGAACCUUAAAAUACAAUCCAUACGUGCCAUUUCCGAGAAACUGAGUGACACAGCGGCAAAGGAAUUAAAUGAAGACCCUAAGCGAACUAGAGAAACUCUUGAAGCUUUUGAUGAAUGGUUAAGGAAGCAACGGCAUUUGCAGGUCAGAAACGAUUACCAACACUUAAUUGCUUUCCUUCGUGGAUGUAAAUGGAGUCUUGCAAGAGCUAAACAAAAAAUUGAUGGUUAUUACACGUUUAAAACACUGAUUCCGGAAAUGUUUCGAAGGAGAGAUCCAUUAUCAGAGGAAAUGCAAGCAGUGCUUAGGACCGGUUUGGUUGCACUCUUACCAAAUGGAAAAGGACACGCUGGGCCAAGAACCCUGUUUAUUACUUUUCACGAAGCAAUAUCGAUGGUGACGGCAUCUAAAACAAUUUUCUCUGCUUUUGACAUGUUACUGAUAGAAGACGACAAUGCUGUUAUUUCUGGAUUACAAAUAAUAAUAGAUUUCGCAGGGAUUACUGCGGGACAUGUGUUACAAUGUACACCUGCGUUCAUGAAAAAUUGUGCAACGUGCAUUGAUAGGAUGUAUCCCAUGAGACUUAACAAGCUGAUUACUAUUAAUACUCCAAAACCCGUGGAAGUAAUAUAUAACACCCUAGUUAAGCCAUUUUUCAGCGACAAACUUAAAAAGAGGGUUUUCGUUCUACCGGUACAAGGCUGGAAAGAAGCUGUUGGUAAUGAUAUACUUUCACUACUUCCUUUGGAAUACGGUGGCGAUAACCUACCAUUAAACUAUCUUAAGGACGAAUGGUCUAGGAAAUUUAAAAGUUACAGGGACUGGUUUAUAGAGGAUGACAACUAUUCAUGCGACCAGACCCUUCGAUCUAGCUACAAUUACAGUCAAGAUUUAGGAUUGGAGGGAUCUUUUCGAAAGUUAUCUAUCGAUUAGAACUUUGUAAUUGCGAAUGGUCAUACGGAAAUCUCCCCCCCCCCCCCUCUUAUCUGUAUAUAGUGUUCAAUAUACUUAUUUAUUCAUAUUGUAUACAAUUUUUUUUAGCGCAUUUUAGGUUGGAUUUGGGUGCAGUAUUACAGUCACUUUCUUUGUCUGUCCGGUCAUCUGUCCGAGGCCUCAACUACUCCUACAGUUUUCAAUAUAUUUAGUUGUUAUUUUUGAAUUUGGCAGUACACCUCAAUAAUUAUAUGUUUAACAAAUAUAUUGUAAUGGUG